AUGCAGAACGUACGAUUUGCUGAGGCUCCUCGCCUGCCUACUAUGUGGAGCCCUUAUGAGUCGAAGAAGAUCUCCAAUGAAUUUUCCGUUCUACAUUACUAUGACUUCUACUGGGCUACACUUGAAUUGAAGACACAGCUCGCGCGUUGUCGGUCCAUGUUUCGUCCACUGGGCUCAUGUGCACCCGUAUUGGCUUCGGUGUCAUCGACGCACGCGCAUCUUGCACAAGCGCGCAAACUAUUUGGACUGAACGCGUUGGCUCUGUUUCCGAAGGAAAAGCCUCUGAAAGAAAGAUUUCGCAACUUUAAUCACAAUUCACCGCAGGUUUAUCUCGAAGCUCUACCAAUGGAGUUACAUUUGCUUUCCGACGGUCUCAAUGACCUUAACAGCGCCUUCCGGUCAUAUUCUAAGUUUUUCAGCGAUGACAAACUUGUCACUAGUCUCGUUUUUCUUGCAAAAGAUCUUGAGGAUGAGGCCGAAUGUGCUAAAAAGUACAUUGCUACUUGGAAGACGUCAAAGUCAGCGCCGUUGCGAAACCUCCAAAUUCGCUUCCAUUUAGUUCUCCAACACUACACAAUCCGCAUUCGUACAAUUGAAAGGCUACUAGCAAAAUUUCUGCGGGAAGUUACAUCCCAACGCGAGCAUGAGAGUCGCUUCUUGACAAUGACGACUAUCGCUACCUUUUUCUCUGGGGUGACAGCAACGAUGCUACAAAUGACGUAUCAGACAAACGAUCGCCCCAUUGACACGGCAACUAAUCUUCUCUAUCUGGCAUCUUUGGUUUUUAGCAUUACAUCUGCUGUGAGCAGCCUUGGAACAAUUGCAUGGCACAAAUCAGUUGUGAGAAAUCCGGAGUCUAUACUUCCGGAAUGGGCAAGUGCUUGGUUAGAGAAAUGGCCAAGGACCUCGCUCAUGCUUGCAGGAGUUUGUUAUGCCGGUGCAACGUGCUUCUUCGUGUUUUCAGCUAGUCAGACGCGCGCGACGCAAAUUUCCGUCAUAGUACUUAUAGCAUUCAGCGUUAUGACUGUGCUAUGCUCCACCCUCUGGCUUAUCGUUGAGGAAGCAAAAGUCUUUCCAAUUCUUGACGACAAGGGAAUUCCGAUAACAGACCGCUCGUUCAGUGCUGUUAUUAUGUCCUCACUAAUGCGGACCAUGCGGUUUGUCUUCUGUGGAGCGAGAGACGACCGGAUCAAUGAGGAUCCUUAUGACAUUGAAGCAAACGAUAGACCAGAAUUCCGACCUGGACACCCUAUAAUUGAAGGACCUCUUAAGCCUCAAGAAGUUCAGCUAGGGAUGGAUCCUAUCCCAGCACCCGUUUCCAGUGGUCCCAUCCCUUCUGGCAUCUAUGCUUCAACUGCUCCUGGUAACUCUCCUGCACUGCAUGGAGCUACACCAAACUACUACGACCCACAAACUUAUUCAUACCGAGCAAAUUUCCCCGGUGCGCAGGAAUUUCUUGGGGCUAGCGGUAAUCAUCCUCCUGUAACACCCUCUCCUUCAUAUCUUCCGAAUCUCCCAGGCAUGCAAGAGUUUCUUGAUGGCAGGAGGUAUGGCUUCUCAUAG